AUGGUCGUCGACCUGAAGCAGAAGUACGAGGAGGAGCGCCAGAAACGUCAGCAGCAAUCCAAGGGCUUGGGCCAGUUUUUUGGCCGGGAUCAUCAUGUCGAUUUUCUGACUGAAGAUCCCUGGAUACAAGCUGGCACGCCUGUGCAUAGGCCUGUGCCAAAUGGUGGCAGUUGCAAGAUCCUCAUCUUCGGCGCCGGGUUCGCCGGCUUGCUGGCUGCUGUCAAGUGUCUGGGUGCUGGCGCUGCCAAGAGUCCAGAAGACAUCCUCAUCGUCGACCCAGCUGGCGGCUUUGGCGGAACCUGGUACUGGAACAGUCCGAGAAUGAACAUUGAUCUAACUUCGACUGGUUAUGUCUACCUGCCACUUCUGGAGGAAACGGGAUACAUCCCCUCGCGAAGGUAUGCGGGUGGUGAGGAGAUUCGGAAAUAUGUCAACAUUAUCGCCAAGCAGUGGCAUCUGGAGGACAGGGCCAUGUUCCAAACGGCAGGUAAAAGUUGUUCGUGGGAUAACGAUCAUUGGGUUUGCGAGCUUGUGGAAAAGCCCAAAGGUCUAGCAGAACAAACGGUGAAAAUCCAUGCUGACUAUGUCAUCCUGGGUUCUGGUGGCUUCACAUAUCCAAAGAUCCCGAAUGUGCCUGGCAUGGGUUCAUUCAAGGGCAAGAUGCUGCACACGGGUCGCUGGCUUUACGAUGUCACCGGUGGCUCUCCAGAAAAUCCUGUGCUUGACAAGCUGAGAGAUAAGAGAGUGGCCAUCAUCGGCACUGGUGCCACGGCGAUUCAAGCGGUCCCUGAGCUGGGCAAGUACGCCAAAGAGCUUUAUGUCAUUCAACGCACACCAUCCGCUGUCGGUUAUCGUGGCAAUCGAGACACCGACAUGGAGGAAUGGAAGACGAAGAUUGCCACCAAGAAGGGUUGGCAAGCGGAGAGGAUGAACAAUCUCCAAGUAUUCACGGAGCAGGCGGCGGAUCUGCCGGAAGAGAAUCUGAUAAACGACGGUUUCUGUUCUAUGCCUUCGAUCUCCGGCACGUUCGGUGGGCCAAGUGACGUAAAAGCAGACGACAUGGCUCAGCAGGUUGAGUAUUUGCACAAGUUAGACGAUGAGCGAUCCAACGAGGUUCGAGCACGGGCGUUGGAAAUCGUCAAAGACCAGAAAACAGCUGAGAAGCUCCAGGCCUGGUAUCCAGGAUGGUGCAAGCGACCGACGUUCCACGACGAAUACCUCCCAACCUUCAACCUCCCCAGCGUCCACCUAGUCGACACCGACGGCAAGGGCCUAGAAUCCCUAACCGAAAACAGCAUCAAAGUCAACGGCCAAGAGUUCCCCGUCGACAUCAUCGUCUGGAGCACGGGCUACGGCAACCCGCUCACCGAAUCCCUAGCAGGCAAGGCCGAAAUGGCCGUCCGCGGCCGAACCGGCCAAGACAUGGAAGGCCUGAACAAAACCAUGGAUCUUAAGACCCUACACGGUUGCAUCACCCACGGCUUUCCCAACCUCUUCCACACCUCCCUGUCGCAAGCCGGCGUCGGCGUGAAUCAAGUCCAGCGCCUCGAGGAGCAGAGCAUCCACAUCGGCUACAUCAUCGCUGAGGCAGAGCGGAAGGUUGGGCAGGGCCAGAGAGCCAUCAUCGAGCCCACCGAGGACGCGUGCAACAAGUGGGGCGACGAGUUGGCGGCGGCGGCGCACCUGACGGCUGCCGUUCUGCAAUGCACGCCUGGCUACUUCACGCUGGAAGGCGACGCGGCACACCUUCCUCCCGAGGCAUUGGGCAAGUUGGCACGGACGGGUUUGUAUGGGCAGGGGUUCUUGAAGUAUGCUCGGACUUUGGACGGUUGGAGGACAAGUGGGAACCUAGAUGGAAUACAAGUUGCUGCUGCUGCUGCAUAG